GUUUAGUAGCUCUGUCACCAAUAUGUUGUACUUUGCUAUUUAUUUCCCCCAGAACAUGGAAGUCAAAGGCGUCGCCUGAAGAAAGGAACAGUGCCCUCCGAAAACCUGCCUACCCUCUCCACUGAGAAUGUAGAGAGAAAAAAGAGAGCGAGGGAACUGGAUGUGGACCGCCAGAAGCGUCGCAUGAGGAGGGAAGCUGGGAAGCCUCUCUUGGCCAAGGUUGCGCUCUGCGAGGCCCAAGACUCCCAUCAGCAGGAUGACGGGGCACAGCCUCCUGAAGGUGAAGAUGCAGCGCUGCCACCUGCAGUGCCAUUGCGGAGGCCUCUCCAAGCCACAGUAGUUCUUGACGAAGGCGUGCAAGUGUGUAGUGGCGACUUUGGGGAGAACUUUUCCCGCAUGAUUAAUCAGGGGAAUGUAUGUUCCUUUACGGGCAUUCCCAACAUGGAGCUUCUCCAUGUUCUGGAGAAACUCGUGUCUGGAAAGAUGCUAAGAUCAGCAAGAGCUACACUGCCAGCAAAGGAUCGAGUAAUCAUGACCAUGAUGGCUUUGAAGCAUGCUCUGACAUUUGACUUCCUGUCACACAUCUACGGGGUGUCUCCAUCAACAGCAAGCACCACUGUUAGAAGCAUUGCAAAACUCCUUGCUGUAUUUCUACAAAAUGCGAUAACCUGGCCCUCAAAGGAUGAAGUGCUGCACAACCUGCCGGCAUGCUUCCAGAAAUUCUCCCACGUCCGCAUUGUGCUGGACUGCACAAAGAUUCCUGUAGGAACGCCGAAAUGCCUUAAGUGUCGUAUCUGUACGUACUCUCACUACAAGAAAGGCCACACUGUGAAGUAUCUGGUGGGGGUUUCGCCCGGUGGCUUGGUUACCUACAUUAGUAGCGGCUACGGCGGUCGAGCCUCGGACAAGGCUAUCUUUGACCAAAGUGGUUUAGUAGAUAAGCUCUUGCCGGGAAUAGACCACAUAAUGGUGGAUAAGGGGUUUCUCAUUGACAGCACAUGCGAAACAAGGCUAAUAGCUGUGGUGAGGCCCCCAUUCCUACAUGCCAAGAAGCAGCUGUCGAAGGCCGAAGCUCUUGCCACUAAACACAUAGCUGCGGCAAGGGUUCACGUUGAAAGGGUGAUACAAAGGAUCAAGCUGUUAAAGAUUACGUCACAAAAGAUGCCUUGGAAUUUGGUACCGAUUGCUGAUGAUGUGCUGAUCAUUGCAUGUGGCUUGGCCAACUUGUCCGCACCGGUUCUGGCAGACGACAAGUUUUUGUAAACUAUCUGGGAGCGAAAACUUUUGUUGGUACUUUUUUGUUUGUAGUUAUAAUGCAUUUUUUGGGGUGUCUGCUGCGUUACCUAUGUCGUUGUCAUCAGUGCAUUAUAGGUGGUACCCUGCUCUUGCGUUGGCCUGUGUCACCACGAGGUGGUUUUUGCAAACUUAAGCAUUGUACAUAUCGCCGAAGACUGAGGUCUUUCGAUUUUUUACAUUCUUUCAUUUUUGUGUUGCUCGCAUUGUGUAUGUUAUGUUUGUUUAUAUUGGCAUAGAGAAGUCUUCAGCACUACUAAAUUUCCUGGUAUGUUGUUUUUGCGCCAGCGUGUGCCACCCCGAGGCAGAUUUUACAAAGUCACAGCAGUAAUGUCACCGCCUGUUGAUUUUUUUGGGAUGUUACUGCUAGCCUUAGCUUGUGCCAACCUAAAGCAACUUUUGCCAAAUAAAGCCUCACACAUCUUUUCAGACCUCUCUGCUUCUAUCUUUUGCAUUUUAACAGAUUUAUUCUUUGUGUGUGGCCUGUAUGUGUAGGUUUGCAUGUUUUUAGUGCAAUGUGAUAAUAAAGAAAGUUGUGCACUUGUGUUAAGUUUACUCUUCACCA